AUCCCCCUUCCAGUUCGAGGUUCCUCUCUUACCCCUUCCCGUGCAAAGUUAAAUCCAUCUCCACUUCCAUUUUCUACUCCGAAGAAGGGACCUAUGUCCCGCUUCCCAUGUCUGAAAAAACCCUAAUUUAUUGAAUCAGACGCUCUGAAGGUCUAAAUUCCAAAACGAUGUCGCUUGCUUUCCAAUACCUUUCACUGAGUUCGUCGUCUCCUUCCCCUCCCCCCUCUUCAACCUUUUACUUCUCCACCUUCUUGUCCCGGAAUCCGUGCUUGUCUCUUCGAUACGCCCCUUGCCGAUUCCAUAGCACUCUGCAUUUUCAAAUUCUUGAUCACAAGCUUCGAAGCCCUUUUAAUUUUGGUUCCAUUAAUGCCCAUCAGUUCAAUCCUCGAGUUUCUAUAUCUGAAGGAGCUGGACGGAGAGACGGUGAUGAUUUCGAUAUCGAUUCUUUACUUUCAGCUGCUGAGUUGUUUUGCCUCGUUACGUCGUUGCUCGCUUCUGUUGGUUUCGCUUUGAAUUGUGUGAAAGCCAGCUCUAAGAGUGUGUUUUUGGCGGUCUUCGGUGAUAGGAUUUUGGUUGGCGCAAUUUUGUUUCUGGUGGCGGGGGUUGCAAUUGGUGCUUGGAUUCGUAGGCGGCAGUGGAAUCGGAUAUAUCGAGAGACGGCGAAGGGUGUAUUGGAGGUGAAUUUGGUGGAAAGAACCAACAAACUGGAGGAGGAUUUGAGGAAUUCGGCAACGCUUAUUCGAGUAUUGUCGAGGCAGCUGGAGAAGCUGGGGAAUAGGUUUAGAGAUACUCGAAAGGCUCUGAAGAAGCCCGUCGAGGAGACUGCAGCUUUAGCUCAAAAAACCUCUGAGGCCACUCGAGCAUUGGCAGUUCGGGGAGAUAUUCUGGAGAACGAGCUUGGGGAAAUCCAGAAGGUCUUACUAGCUAUGCAGGAACAACAACAAAAGCAACUUGAGUUGAUUCUAGCAAUAGGGAAGUCGGGAAAGAUAUGGGAAAGCAGACAAGAGCGUAGUGGAGAACAAAGUCCUUUUGGAAGGCACGAUCUGAUCGACGAACGCAUAAAUCAAAAGGAAGUCCUAGACGUUUGAGCUCUUUGAAGAAGAGAAUGGAGAUGGCUUAGGAUUCUUUUCAUACAAAUUGGAAUGGUAGUUUUUGCAUAAUGACAGAAUAGGAUUAAGGACUGUAAUGUUGGUGGCAGUUUAAACUCCAGCAUUUAUCACAUGAUAUUUUUUUGCCAGAAAAGAUAUCGGGAUUCCAUAAUGUGAGAGUUAAUGGGAACUGGAAAAUUGCACCCAGAGAGAAAGUGUGAAGCGGUUGGGGGAAGUGUAAUCAGGGAAAUGUAAUUUUUGUGACUGUGUUAAUGGGAUAAACAUUCUGCUUAGCCAUUGUUAUUUUGAUUUUUCGUUGUGUUA